AUGGAUUUAAGAUUAACGAGGGCACGCAGCGCGGCGCGGGGCGGCGCGGGGUGGCGGGCGGCGUGUUUACGUGCGGGUGCAGGGCGUGCAGGCGGCGCGGAUCGAUGCUGGGCGGGGCGCGCGGGCGCGGGCCGCGGGGCGGGGCGAGCGCCGGCCGCCAUGUCUCCGCGUGCUCCCGGCGGCGGCGGCGAGCCUCGCGCCGCCCGCCUCGAUGCCGCGCGCGGCCGCAGCGCGCCCCCGCCCCGCGCCCUCCCCGCGCCCCACCGGCGCCGCGCGCGCAGUGCCGCGCCCGCGCUGUCGCCCUCGCCUGCACCUCCGCCCCCGCGCCUGCGACCAGUGUUCCUGUGGGCGCGCCAGCUCAACGGCACCGUGCAGGAGGUCCGCUGCGAGGACUACGACCCGCGCAACCGUAUCCGAAUAGCGCGCACCCCGUCCGGCUGGCGUGUGAUCCCGCGCACCGAGAUCUACAACUCGAUCCGCGUGCCCCCUCCCCCGGCGCCGCAGCCUCGCCAGCGCGGUCCGCGGGAGCGCCGGCGCCGCAGACGCUGCAACCGCUCGCGGCGCCGCGCGCGCUCCGCCGCGCUGCCCGAGGAGCCCGCGCCCCCGCCGCGCGCCCAGCCUGCCACGUGGCUGCAGCCCGACCUGGAGUCCCAUAUCCCGUCGCACACCAUCGCGGUGCCGCGGCCGCCGCCGCCGCUUGCGGAACCGACGCCACUCGAUAAUCUGCUGGCGGUGGCCGAACUCGAAUUCAAUCAACAGCGCAGCGAGCGACUUCUCGAUUUAGAGAGUCCGGCAUCUUAUACUUUUUUACCGGCCGAGGAGGUCGCUCGCGACGUCAUGUCUUUCGAACUCGGAGAAGCGAAGCGAGCCGAAGAGUCUAUGUACUUCGAGCGCAAGGCGCCGCCUGAUCGUUCCGAGGAGUAUGCAGGUGACAUAGGUGCACAUAAAGAUCUUUUCGAAACUAUAAGCGAAGCUCAUUACUUGCCGGAGCUCGGGGAACCACACGACGAGGCGCUGCUGGAAUCAUUAGUAGAAAAAGGCUGCGAAGAUAAUCAAAUACUCGGUCAGGCACUUGAUAAACUGGCUCACUUAGUGCACGGAUCCGGCGAGUAUACGGAGGAAGAAGAACAUAUGCUCUUGAGCAAUGAACCAGUUUCUGAUAUUAUAAACAGGCUCGAGCAAACGCUAGAGUCACCGGGAGAUAGCAGUAUUAGCGCAGCACAAGGACUGUUGCAUUUACAUCAUAUAGGAGACCAUCUUGCUCAAGCAGAGCAUCAACAAGCCAUAGAACAAACUUAUAUGACAGAAGAAGUUUUUGGUACUGAGAAUACAACGGAAAGUGCAAUGGAAACCUUAGCGGCUGCUUCUGAAAUGCAAGAAGUUAAUGAAAAAAACCAUAUAGAGUACGAUGAGAAUGCUGAAAAAUCUGAAGUUGAAAUCACAAAUUCAGUGUAUACCGAACAUGUAUCUGAUUCACACGACGAUUAUUCAGAUAGUAAAACGUACGACGAAGAUCAAAUGGAGUCAUUGCCUGAUCACAAUGAGAUCAAUGCACUUAGUGAGACUAUUCAUGAAGAAGUAACCAUGGACUGCACACAACAUAGUGAACAUAGUGAAAAAACAGAAACUGAACACGAUGACCUAGCUGAUAGAUGCCAUGAUCCAGAUGAAAAACAAGAAUUACCAGCAGCUCCUGAAGACAGUAAUGCGGAAUAUAUCAAAGAAGAUCUCGAUGAAUCGACUGCCAGUGAAGAAUUAACACCUACUGAUCUAAGUAUAAAAAAUGCAAAUAAAGCUACAACACCUCAUUUACUUGCAAGUGAUAUAGAUACAUCGAACAUUGAAGAUAACAUGUCGGUUAAAAGUGAUGAACAACCUAAAGAUUUAACUGUACAUAGACGGUUACCUACUCCGCAUGCUUCGCCGCGAAGGAUAGAUAUACCUCGAGCACCAUCAAGGGAGUCGGACGCAAUGCAGUCGCCACAGCCCAGCGGAAUACCAGCCGUGCCCUCAUCACCUGAAAUAUUUACCAUGCCAAUGACUAAGAGUAAACAAACUUUGUUCUUAGAAACGCUCCUAUCUUCGCCAUCUCCAAAAAUGUAUACAUCAGAGGUUACGAUAACCAAACAACAGUGUGAGCCUUUGAAUUUAGGUAAACAUAGAAAGUCAGCCAGUCCGACCGUAUCCAGUUGUUCGGAUGAAAUGAGAAAACUCAACAAAGAAUUCGGUGAACCUCAAGAGAAAAAGCAGAGACGCGAGUCUACGGAAGACUUAGCAAAAGUUAGCAAAGUUUUUAAUAAGUGUAGUGAGGAACCAGUUACGAAAAAAUCUGAUAAAAAUGUUAAUAAGCCCAGUGAUGAAUUAAGUCCUUUAAAACAAUUGCUAAACUUAAGAUCAAAUCCUGAUUUCAAUAUUCCGGACCCUAUAUUAGUUCCUAAAAAUAAAAUAAAUCAAAUUCUCGAGGCCCCUGGCACUGAAAUACCGGCCUUACUUCUACAGAGGCCGGAACUGAGAAUCCCGGAUGCGUUUCGCUACCCCGCUGUUUUACAGGAUCCCGAUAUAAUUGUCAUAUCAUUAGAGCAACUAGAAAAUAUUUUAAUAAAUGACGAGAAAAAUUUAUCUUCUUCAAAGAAAGAUAAGGAAUCAAAACCCAGUUCGUCAUCAAAGAGCUCCACGAACACAGAGCAGGGGAGUGCAGCGCAGCCGGAUCAACCUAAGCCUAUACCUUCGAUGGACGCUCUCGCUGGAGAGAUUGACGCGGCCACGUCCGCUGCUCUUAACCAAAUGCUGUGGCUCCCGUACCUGAGUCAGUUGGAAGCGAUGGCGGCGUGUUCGCAAAAUAUGGACUUCUUAAAAGCUUUAAAUUCAUCCGGUUACAGUGGCUCUAACUAUCCCGACCUCUCGCAAAUGUUUAACCCCUCAUCACGGUUUAUGGGUCAAGGCGGAUUUCCUAUGAUGCCGACGAUGGAUUACGAUAACCGCCUCCAGUUCGCGAUGUGGCAGGAAGCUAUGUCGCACGCGAACGCCUCAGCGUCACAGAGACCCAAAGCUACUACAACGGCUGAUCAGAUGAAAGAAUUAUCUAAAUCCAGUGAUGUUCAAAAUCCGUUCGUUCAUUCGACGAAAAAUCAACAAAACAAAACUCACUCAUCGGCUCGAACAAGUCCGAUCGCUCACAACUACAACAACCAACGGUCGAUGCCCCACAAUCCUUUCCUCCAGGGCAUGUAUCCAGGGAUGAAUCCAAACAUCAGACCAAACAUGCCGCUACCCGGAUUGCAAAUACCAUACUUCAACCCUCAAAUGAUGGGAAAUCAGAGGUCGCUGCGUACGCAACAACAGAAAAGUCCCAGUUCACCAUACUAUCCUAAUAACAAUUAUCUUCAAUCCGUGAAGCAGUCUGAAUCGCAAGGUCAGCGGAGUAGUACGUCACAGGAGUCUCCGAGGCCCAGGAUUAGUGUGAAAUCACUGCAUAAUUUAUUGGAGCCGUCCGCGGCGGCGGCUUCGGGUGUAGGGUCCUCACGGCGUCAGUCGUCGACGCCGACGUCGGCGAUGGGCCGCCGACGCGACGAGCCCGAGGUCGGCAGCACCACACCUCUUGGGGAGCCACCACCACACCUGCCGCCGCACCCGCACGACCCUACAUCAUUUCACCUCUGGCAUCCAUUGUUCGGCAAGUAAUUUAGUAAGGAGAAAAAACAAAAGUCAAAAGUAGUAACUGCGGACAAAGUCGCUCUGGAGUUGAUUGAUUGAUAAAAUCUGUAACAUGCCACUGCUGGGCAUAGAUCUCUUUUUCCAUUUAGGAGAAGGGUGUGAGCUAAUCUACUUUCCUGGUCCACUGCGGGUUAUCUAGUCUAAAAUAUCGUGUAAUUUCUUCGUUUUGUUAAUAAAAUUAACGUAUUUAAAUAA